GCCUUGCCCCCAGCCAACUGGGCCACCAGCUUCCCUCCCUUGACUCUGGGGGUCCGCAUCCACUCCAAGGGGACUAUUCCCCCGACCCCACCCCAGUCUCCCCACACGGACCUUUGCUGAAUUAAAGUUUGCCCCAAGCAAACAUCUGCGCUUAAGUUCCAUUAAUUAUGGGCUUUCCCUCUCCUCCCCGGCGCGGCGCAUGCUCAGUCGGCUCGCGCCCGGCGGGAGAAGAGGACGCGGGCUGCCUGGAGCGGCCCGCGGACGUGGUGAACGUGGUGUUCGUAGAUCGCUCAGGCCAGCGGAUCCCAGUGAGCGGCAGAGUCGGGGACAAUGUUCUCCACCUGGCCCAGCGCCACGGGGUGGACCUGGAAGGGGCCUGUGAAGCCUCCCUGGCCUGUUCCACCUGCCAUGUGUACGUGAGUGAAGACCACCUGGAUCUCCUGCCUCCUCCCGAGGAGAGGGAAGAUGACAUGCUAGACAUGGCCCCCCUCCUCCAGGAGAACUCGAGGCUGGGCUGCCAGAUCGUGCUGACGCCGGAGCUGGAAGGAGCGGAAUUCACCCUGCCCAAGAUCACCAGGAACUUCUACGUGGAUGGCCACGUCCCCAAGCCCCACUGACAUGAACACCUGAACCAUUCCACAUUGCCAUGGCCCACAGCCCAGAUGGAGGGAAUAGCCAGGUGCCAGCCCUGCCCAGAGCGCGGACAGGCCCAGGAGAGACAUGGAAGCCCCUGUGAAGGACAACACCCCUGCUUGGGAGAGAGUCCCAUGUCCAGGCUCUGGCAGGGACAGGGCCCCUAGUGGGGUGGCCUUCCCCAAGCCCCUGAGAAUCAGGGUGUGAGUAGGAGUGGACUCAUUGGAGCUGCAAUAAAUCGAUAACACAGG